CAAUAAACUUUAAGCUUUGCUCCAUUUAAAAUCUCCUCUGAUCUCGUUUGUAAGCACUAUCGCUUGUUCUGCUUCUGCUUUGCUAUUAAGUGGUUUUAUUACAGGCUCUCGUGUCUGACAUGACUCAGCAAGUUGUUGGCAAGCACCCAGCAUUCUCCUCUGUUGUUCAUAAAUUGGUAGUGUUUGUCAUGCAAAUAAACUGAAAGGAACGUGACAAACAGAAAGUAUCUCUUUCACUUUCUUCAUAACAGCAACAGUGAAACCAGAUGACCCUAAAGGUAGAAGGUGAUCCAGGCUAUGGCAGCGUGUCUGCCGGAAGUCGAUUUACAGGUUUGGAUGGGUCGGAGACCGUUCCCCUGCUUAUUCCAGAGCCUGAGCCUCACCUGUACACCUGGAAACCCCUGAGUAAAGAAGAGCUGGUGAAAUGUGCAGGUGGACCAGGUUGGAAGAAGUUUCGUUUUUGUCUGGUUCUGGCCUUCUGGAUCGGUUGGGUGGUCAUGUUGGGAAUUGCAAUCACAUUGAUCGUUCAGAGCCCGCGGGCAGUGACUCCUGUGUUGCUCUGGUGGCAGAAGGAUCCAUUUUAUCGCCUGCAACCAGCACUCCUUGUUGAUGCAGAGAGCGAUGAACCCAACGCUAUCAGCAGGGUGUCAGAGCGGUUGGCGUAUCUGAAGUCAAUGAGGGUCGGGGCUCUCAUCCUGGAAGGGUUGUUUCGUAAGGACGGCUCCACACCAAACCUGACACAGAUUGACCAAGAUAUAGGCACCCUUCCACAGUUCACGCAGCUUAUGACAGAAAGCCGAAAAGCAGGUCUGAGAAUAAUGCUGUGCCUUUGUGAAGCGGUCCUUUUGGAGUCAACGGCGAGCAAUAACACUAAGGUUCGGUCCGGCACUUCAGGAAAUAUACAGUACUCAUUAAGAUAUUGGCUGGAACAAGGUGUGUCAGGGUUUGAAAUCUGCGACACAGACACAACCUUCUCCAUCAAGAUGUUAAUGGAGUGGAAUGUGCUGAUGCGAGAGUUCAGUUCACAAGAUGACGAAAGAAUUCUGAUGGUGAGGCAAACAGGUGGGAGUCCUCUACUUUCUAAUACAUCCAACCUAGUUAAUGGUUCACUGGUGGAGAUGGUUACAAAGUCACUGAUUCCUCCAUCGCACCAUCCGCUGACGGCCCCUGAAGUGUCUGAGGCCAUAAAAACCAUUCUGCAGAUGCCACAAGGAUACUGGCCAAGCUGGACUGUGGGCGGAGAAGUACCAUGGGAACUGCAGAGAGCAAUUUUCUUUCUGAUGAUGACUCUACCUGGAACGCCCAUCAUCAAGUAUGGAGAUGAGCUGAACCCAGUUCAGGGUCAGGAUGAGCUUAGACGUCCUCACGCCCUGUUUCGCUCUCUGAGUCAAUUACGUGCCCGUGAAGAGGCUCUCCGCUUCGGCAGCUUCACCUUCCUUCCCUUCAACACCACUAUGUCCUCCACCACCCUCAAUUCAACAGCCACGCCUCCUUUAGCGUUCCUGCGCUCAUGGGGGUGCGUUCGUUUACUGGUGGUGUUUAAUUUGGGAUCUGAACCACAUGCUGUAGAGCCAGACUGGGCUCCUAGCCUACCUGAAGAUGGGUUGUUUGUUUUGAGCACUGGACUCGACCGAAUAGGCCCUGUGUCUCUACGAACAAUAAUACUCCAGCCACAUGAGGGUAUUGUUAUAAAACUAUUUGAGACUGACAACUCUUCCUGAGGUGUACAUGUAAAAGGCUUGUGAAUAGUUAUUAAGUGCUCCGUUAUCCCGUGACAUUUGUAUACAGUAUCUUAUCUCACUUCCUGGGCUAGUUCGGAUGAAUCUGCAGAAUGGAUAUAAAUCUGGUCAAAUGAGUUAACUGGAGCUGAGAGUACUAUACUAUACUAUUAUUGUCAGUUUAAAGUAUUAUCAUAUUUACCAAUAUAUUUAACACUAGGUGAGGGAUCAAAGGUUAACGGAUGUGUGUACUGUAUUAGAUUUACAAUAUUAUAUAAUUGCACAUACAUUAAUGUUUUUUUAAAGGAAUAAAUGUUUGAAUUGGCA